AUGCCGUGGUCGUUCACCUUCCCUCAAGAGGUGUUCACCUCGCCCAUCCUUGCCGUGGCGACUCCCAUCACAGUCGGCUCGCUGGUGGGAUACCUGGUCAACAGAAAAGGCCACACGAAACAGCUCUAUGGGCGUCUCCGCCAACCACCCCUGCGCCCCCCCGCCUGGCUCUUUGCGCCCGUGUGGACCAUCCUGUACGGAAUGAUGGGCUACGCGGCCCACCACGCAACCACAACCGCGACCCUCCUCACCCCCGCAUCCGCAGUAGUAGAUGCUUCCCAGACCUUGUAUACGUCACAGCUCGUCCUCAACUAUCUUUGGAUGCCCUUGUUCUUCGGGUUGAGGAAGCCUGGAUGGGCCAUGGCGAAUAUGGUGGUGUUGGGAGGCACGGUCGGCAAACUGAUGGAGGUAUGGUGGAACACGGAUCGGACUGCCUUCUGGCUGAUGGUGCCAUACGCGGGAUGGCUCUGCUUUGCAACGUACUUGAACGCCAGUGUUGGAUGGCUGAAUGGGUGGGAUUUCGAGAAUCGCGAUGGUCGAUGA